UUUUCAGCCGUGUUUCUUCAAACCAAUACGAAGCAUGACAUCUGAUAAAGAUCCGCUUACCAGCGAGAGAUCUGGAAGAGUGAGAGAAGUCGGCAAUCACGCCAUUUGGAGUCUGUCAUCUUGUAAGCCAGGCUUUGGUAUAGACCAGCUGAGGGAUGACUGUAUGGACACAUAUUGGCAGUCAGACGGUCAACUGCCACACCUAGUCAACAUCCAAUUUCAGAGAAAGACUAUGGUGUCGCACAUCUACAUCUACACCGACUACAAACUGGACGAGAGCUACACUCCCAGCAGAAUAUCCAUCAGGGCCGGAACACACUUCAAUGAUUUACAGGAAAUUGAAGUUAUUGAAUUAAUCGAGCCGAGUGGAUGGGAAAUGAUACCGAUCAAAGACAUGCAUGACAGACCAAUAAGAACAUUUAUGAUCCAGAUAGCAGUUUUGAGCAACCACCAGAACGGGAGAGACACACACAUGAGACAGAUCAAAGUGCAUUCUCCUUGUGAACCCACUUCAUUUGAUAUUAAUAAAUUUAGGAACUUUUCUACAGUCCAAUUCCAGCAGUACACUACUAUCCGAUAAGUUUCCUCUUCUGUUCCGAAAGCUAAGGAUAAUCCAGCCUUAUUU